UACUGAUAGUGGUAGUUUGAGUCAGCCCUUUUGGCUGAAGAAGUUUGUUUGGAUUUUCUUGAGUUUUUUUUAUUUUCAUAGUUUCAUACAUUAUCAAUAUCGUUUUUUGUCUAAGUGUUUUUGCCUGCCUGUCACAACCUCUUCUUUCUUUUUUGGACAACAAACCACCUUCAUGUGUUUGUUGUGUUGCACCUCAGUCCAUCCUUUGGUGAAAUCAUAACAGUAACAGAAUUUCGCUCUCCAGCAGGGACAGGAUAAUUCUCAGCUGCCCACAAGCGUCUACCUUGGUCGACUGGGUAAAAAAGAUUUUGGAGUGAAACUUGAUCUCGAUUGUUCAAAGGCAGGAGUGCAGAUUAUGCUCCAGAUGCUGGUCUGUCAGACCCAAGUUGAAUUAACAAAAGUGCACCCUCAGUAGUAAUGUGGAGCACUCUGACAUCUUUCCAUUAAUGCAUGUCCAUAGGUCUUGAUUUGCAUGUGCAUGUAUGUUGGGUCACAUUUUGGACUGAAGCCAACCCAGGCAUGGGGAAAAGAGGAGGAAAGCCCUUUUUAAAGGUUCGAGGGUUCAAUUUGGGCAACUGAUUAUAUAACUGAUUAUAUAAAUCUGUUGUGGGGAGCCAAUCAGUUUGCGUGUCAAUAGCUGUGCAAAUAGAUCAGACAUUAAAUUCAGGGGUUGAUCCCAGUCCUUUGGCCAGUCUGAAGCUCCAGAGCAUCUCAUCGAUGUGUUUGUGACUCGAAAAGCUUUGUUGUGUGUGACUGUCAUCAAAGCUGCGACGAUCAUGAGAACCUAUCUGAUUUUGUUGGGUCUGCUCUCCCUGUGCGGCCUCUGCUUCAGUUCAGAGUGUAAUGAAGAGUUUCAGGAGAAUGAGGAUUUCCCAGGAACAGAUAUACAACAUCUCUACUCUCCUGAUGCUGAGCACUGUCAGCACCUUUGCACCCAGCACCCCUCCUGCCAGUUUUUCACUUUUAUUCGGUCAGACUGGACCAGAGAUAACGGGCACUUCUACUGUUACUUGAAGUCCACUCCCUCUGGAGUGCCAAAUAAGAGGGCUCCACUGCUGGGCGUUACUUCAGGCUUCUCUCUGAAACCCUGCAACCCAGUCCCACAGCCCUGUCUGUCUAAGGUUUACCAGAAUGUCGACUUCUUUGGUGCAGACUACCAGACAUUAUUCACAGCUGACUAUGAGAGCUGUCAGAGAGCCUGCACACAGGACCCAUCCUGUCAGUUCUUCACUUUUGUGAAUGAUGUCUUCACAUCAGACUAUAUGAGGUACAAGUGUCACCUCAAGUUCAGCUGGACAAUCCCCAGGCCACCUCUUGUUGAAGGGAAGGCCAGUGUAGUGUCUGGAUUCUCCCACAAAACACAAAUGGGCCUAAACUUUGACACAGCCUGUCAGGGCAAGCUUUUUCACAACACUGCCAUCCCAGGAAACAGCCUACAGGCUCUGCCCGCCUCCUCUGCUGAACACUGUCAGAUGCUGUGCUCCGCACAUCCAUCCUGCACCUUUUUCGUUUUUAUACGUGAAAGCUUCACGUGUAACCUGAAGAGUAACGUAAAUGAAAUGGUGACCGUGGCUAAAGCAGGAGUCACCUCUGGAUUACCAGAACGCUUCUGUCAGCUGAAUAACAGCUGGAUAAAGGAAGCUCUAGAAGAUGUUGAUUUCCGAGGUUCUGACAUUGGCUUUGAGCUGAUGGAUGAUGCAGAAACAUGUCAGAGGAAAUGUUCUGAGGAUGCCAACUGCCAGUUCUACACAUACGUCAAUGAACUCUUUCAUAACCCUAACAAAUGGCGCCGCUGCUAUUUCAAGCGUGUCAUCACAAUGCCUGCUCCUCCUAAAGUUGCUAAGUUGGCAAAUGUUGUGUCCGGCUUCACCCUGAAGAACUGUCAGAGUGCUUUACACACACUUACAGCUGUCUAAAUCAAAUAAAAACAACUGUUUGAAAGUGAUAUAUACAAAG